GUAUGUAUUAAGCCUACUUUCUUGGACAUAUGAAUGCAUUAAAAGCAAUUAAAGGUAGAAAGAAUCAAAAAAUACAAGAAUCAAAAGUUUUAGUCAAAUUAUGUAAUCAUUUUUAUCUAUAUAUAGCAUAAUCUAUGAAACUGUAUAAAUAAAGGGUAAAUCACUUUGAACAAAUACAAUAUAAAUAAUAAUUGGCAAUUUCUAAUCAAAAAAUUAAACAAACUAUUGAGAAAAUUCAUUAGAGUAGUCCUUCUAUUGAUAGAACAAGUGUUUCUUUACCAAGAUUAAAGAAAAGAAAUUAAGAGGGAGAUGAAAUCAAAAAAGAGAAUGCAAGAAUUAAAUUGAAACUUGAAAACUUAAAAGGAAGUAUUAGUAAUAGACAAUCUAAAUAUGAGAAACCAAAACGAUAUGAAGAUGUAUUAUAAGAAUAUUUUAAAUAAAAAUUAUAACAAUAAUGA